CAAGGAAGCUGUGCAGGCGUGGGUUGUGUAAUAUAGAAAAUAUAAUUGAACAUAAACAAUGACGUCAUCGGUGAACUUUGUGCUUGUGGUCUUUGGACUGGUGGCUGUGAGUUUGAGGAGCGCCCAUGGUACGUUGUCAGACGAAGAGAGGACUAAGAUCCAUGCUGCACUGAUUCCUUUUGUUGCGGAAUGCAGCAAGGAAUACGGUGUGUCUGAGGAGAACAUCAAGGAAGCGAAGGAGUCUGGGCAACUUGGCAAAAUUGACCCAUGCCUGAUGGCCUGUGUAUUCCAGAAAAUUAAAUUGAUCGACGAAAAGGGCUUGUUCGAUUCUAACGCAGCUGUGGAACUAGUUCAAAAGUAUAUAUCUAGCGAAGAUGACCAAUCGAAACUUGUUGAAAUCAUUGAAAAAUGCAAAUCAGUUAACGACGAAGAGGUCAGCGAUGGAGAAAAGGGCUGUGAAAGGGCAAGACUUCUUUUUGAGUGCUCCAUCCCAUUCAAAGAUGCGGCAGCAAACUCUGAUGAUUUGAUGGAAGAAUUCGUGCGGAUGCUCAUGGAUUGUACCAAAGAGUACCCCAUGACCGGAGAUGACAUAGAGCAAUUAAAAAAUCGGCAACUACCGGAUAAUGAGAAUAUGAGAUGCCUUUUCGCUUGCGCCUACAAAUCAUCGGGAAUGAUGGAUGAUCAAGGGAUGCUCUCAGUCGAAGGGGCCAAUAAUCGUGCCGAGGAAUAUUUGGCUGAUGACCCUGAAAAGUUGGCUAAGGCCAGAGAUUUUACUGAUGCAUGCAAGAGUGUUAAUGACGUAGAAGUUUCGGAUGGUGAAAAAGGUUGCGAAAGAGCUGCUCUUAUCUUCAAAUGCAGUGUCGACAAAGCUUCAGAGUUUGGCUUCGAGGUAUAACUACUCUAUCGACCU